ACACCCUGGGCUUUAACUAUUGUGUGGACCUUUUGCAUUCUUAGUUCAUACCCAGAUAGUUAAUUUUUUUCUAAAAUCGUUAACUUUGAACUUGCAGCGAUUCUCUUAAAUCAAUCUCUCUCUAAACCAUCACCAACUAAAAUCAACAAAGUUGGUGGUGCGCAUACAUCAUGGAUUCCUCUCAGGAUUUCAAAUCCAUCCAGGAGAAGAUUCAAUCUGCUCUUGUCGCCACCACUCGACUUACGAAUCAGAUAGCUGCUGAAGAUCUAAACUUUCACCGAUCUAGUAAUCCCGAUGCCGAAGAGCAGCUUGACGAUACCUCUGCGCGCCUCCUCUCCUUAGCCACAAGCCUCCUUACUUCUUCAACGAAGGGCACUGAACUAAAGACACCAAAACUUGAAGAUGGCGACGAUAUCGAUGUACAUUGGACGCGCAUCGUCGACGUGGUAGACACUCUCCUGGAGAAGGCCGAUACCCAUUUGGACGAGUACACCGGCUUGAUCAAGAGGAGGGUUGCGCCAACAGACCAGACAGGGCCUCCCGCAAAGAAACCUAGAUCAACGAUGCUAGAAAGUUCUAUGCGCCGCGCAAACAUCAUCAAACCUCAAAACGCAUUCGAAGUUAAACCAAACAAUCUUAGCCCUUCACCUUGGAAACCUCUUCUCACUAUCAAGCCACACGCCCUUGUUCCUCUUGAAGAAAGUCUCGUGACAUUUCAAGAUGACAACAACAAAACCCAAUAUAAACAUCCAUACGAGGCCGAAAUUACCUCCCUUGAAUAUCCAAAUACAGUCUUCCAGGAUACGGAGCCCAUAAAAUACCAACCAGUCGAAACCACAACCGCUACCUACGUGGAUACCUUUGAAGGGGUCCUAGAGAUGCUCCAGGAACUCAAGGAGGCGAAAGAGAUUGCCAUCGACACCGAACACCACGAUUUCAGAACGUACGCAGGCCUAAUGUCGUUGAUGCAAAUUAGUACGCGCGAGAAGGACUGGAUUGUGGAUACCUUACAGCCAUGGCGUCACAAGCUGGAGGUUUUGAAUGAGGUCUUUGCUGACCCGAAUAUCAUCAAGGUGCUUCAUGGCUCUUUCAUGGAUAUCAUCUGGCUCCAACGAGACUGUGGCCUCUACAUCGUCGGAUUGUUCGAUACCUUCGAAGCAGCAGUAGCGCUUGAGUAUCCUAGCAGGAGUCUCGCGUACUUGCUCAAACGAUUCAUCGACUUCGAUGCGGAUAAAAAAUAUCAGUUGGCCGAUUGGCGAAUACGACCAUUACCCGAAGAGAUGUUCUACUAUGCGCGCUCGGAUACUCACUAUCUACUCUACAUCUAUGAUAUGAUGCGCAACGAGUUACUCAAGCUAUCCUCGGAAGGAGUGGAAAAGGAUCCCAUUCGCCAAGUACUUGACAAAUCCAAGGAGACAUCUCUCCGACGAUACGAGACGUGUGUCUACGACUCGGAAACCGGCCAGGGUGCCUUUGGGUGGUAUAAUCUACUCAUCAGAAACUCUUCUGGAAGGCUAUCCAAAGAGCAGUUCGCCGUAUUUCGAGCUGUUCAUAAAUGGCGGGAUGAAAUGGCCCGUCGGGAGGAUGAAAGUGCGUUGUUUGUAAUGAGCAACCAGGUUCUCUUUGAUAUAUCCCGACGUAUCCCUCCGGACCCUAAAGCUCUCCAUAGCCUCGUGGACCCCACCUCUUACAUUGCCAAGCGCGAUGCUUUCAAACUGUCUGGCAUCAUUAAUAAGGCCAAGGCUGAAGCCGCAAAUGGGCCCAGUGUCACGGAUGUGAUCCGUAGCCAGACGACGCCGACGAUGGCUAUCGGGCAUGUUGCAAAUGUCGUCUUCCCCAAGCCAAAGAGCAGCGAGGCAGCAACAUUAGAAACGCAGGACCUCGUCUCUCAAACCUCCAAGCUAUGGGGCAAGCUUUCAAUUAGUAGUCGAUGGGAGGAGCGGCCUAACUCGACAAUCUCAAGCACUGUGCAAUUUGAACUCCCAUGGGCUCAUUUCAUGAAGUCAGGCAAAUUCUUGAAUGAAACUGAGCUUCGGCUAAGCCACCGAGUCAUAGAAGAUGAUAAGUCGGUUAUCCCCCUUGCCGAGAACCCGCAAUCAUCCCAACUAAAGUCGGGCGCCUCUGAGCCACUAAUCGAUACCGAAUUUACUCUCAAAGCCGGUUUGAAGCGUAAGGUGCCCGAAUCUGAAUCGGAGUCUGAGUCUGAGUCCAAUUCUGGGUCUGAGGUAGGGGAGGUCAAUGAGACACCAGUCAAACCCGAUCCCCGCUCAGGUGCUUCUCUUGAUGCAGAUGAAAUUUCGCUUGAUAUAGGCAGUGACGAGAAAAAGGCAAAGAGGAGAGAGAAGAACGCACGUAGGAAGGCUACUGCUAAGGAACGGAGAGCAAAGAAGUUAGCCAAGCGCGCCAACGCUAAGAACUCCGGCGAGGCUACGGAAACGUCAGAAAAGGGGUCUAAUGAGGAUCAGGAGCCUUUUGAUUACAGUAAGGCGAAGUCUGUCCUCAAUGCUAAGAGGGCUAAUGGCACUCCACAAGGGGCGAAAUUCAACCCCUAUGGCAUGACAAUCGAUGGCCCCAAGGCUGCACGGAGGAUGCAUGGUGAGAAGACUGGAAAGAGUGCAACAUUUAGGAAAUGAAUGUGCUUGGGUCUGGAAAAAGGUUACGUACUUACAUAUAGUGCCGGUGGCAUUGCUCGCCUUUCUAUGUUCACGACCUUGCAUUUUCAUGGAGUUGGGAAUUGUGUACUAUUCAAGGCAUGGCCUGCGGAUAUCAUACGCUACCUAGGUAGACAACCAGGUAGUUGUUACCUGGUACACCCAGGGAUUUGUUGAUGCCGCAUUGCAGUAUUCCAAGGUUUACAUGCGAUUAAUUGAAUGCAUGGGUAGGUACCCAGAUACCCAAGAUACCAAGUUAGAACAACCCCUUUUUUAUACCAAAUAUUUAAGUUGGGCUUGCAAUAACCC